UCCCUCCCUCCCUCCUUCCUUCCUUCCUUCCUUCUUUCCUUCCUUCCUUCCUUCCUUCGUCCCUUCCCCUUGUUCAUUUCUUCCCUCCCUUCUCUCUGUCUCUCCUCUGCCUGAUGGGCCCUUAAGUUUGCGCUGAGCUCCAGAGCCAAGAACUGCAGUGACUGCAUUGCAGCAGACCUGGGUGGGAUGCAAGGCAGAGGGGAGGGAGGAUGGUUGGCAGCAGAACUUCCCAACUGCAACAUCUGCAGGCCAAGACGACAACGAUUCUCACAGGAAGCCCCCUUCCCCCUCCCCCUCCCUCCUCGCAUCAAAGAAUGUUCUCAAUUAAACAAGAAUUUGGAGGCAUUUUCAAGGAAGCCCAAUUGGGCUGGGUUCACACAAGCACGUUAUCCCUCCUAGGAACUCACUAAAAUAAGCUUUAUUCCAAAUCUAGCCUGGCUGUGAUUGAUCGGGGUAAAAGACACGUGUGAACUGUUCCAAGGUGAGGAGAACUCCAGAAAGUUUGCUCCUGGGGCUACGUUCUUCUGGCGGUUCCAAGAAGGCCUUGUUAGUUCAGCCCAGCUGAUAGGCACAGCAGAGCAGAUUGCCAUGGCUCAGCUGUUUUACUCACUGGGGCUGCAGUACAAGGAUAAGCAGUACCCAGGGAUCUGCACUCUGGAACACCUCGUUCGUUGUUCACCACCACGCUUCCAAAUUAGGAAUACAAAAAUACUUUUGGUCAUCAUGUCGGGAGACAUGUGGAGAUGGACCUGCCUUGGCUUGCAUCUUGUCUUCUGCACUGUGGGGCCAUCUUCAGCCACUAGGCAACUGACCUCUCACCCAAAGAAACCUUUCUUGACCUUCUCCUCGGAAGCCACCGAGAUCUCCUUCAAUCACUUAGUGGUCGACAAAAGGAAAGGAUCUAUUUACUUGGGGGCUAUCAACUGGAUCUACAAGCUCUCCAGCGACCUGGUAGUGGAGGCCCGUCACGAGACAGGUCCGGAUAUCGAUAACCCCAAAUGUUAUCCUCCCAGGCUGGUCCAGCCUUGCAGUGAACCAUUGAUAUCCACCAACAACAUCAACAAGAUGUUGCUGAUUGAUUACAAAGAGAACAGGUUGAUCGCUUGUGGCAGUUUAUACCAGGGGAUCUGUAAACUCUUGAGAUUGGAUGAUCUAUUUAAACUUGGGGAGCCCUUCCACAAUAAGGAGCACUACCUUUCCGGGGUGAACGAGAGCGGUUCCGUGUACGGAGUCAUUGUUUCUUACAACAACAUGGAUGACAAGCUGUUCAUUGCCACGGCGGUCGACGGGAAGCCUGAGUACUUCCCCACCAUCUCUAGUCGGAAGCUCCCCAAAAAUUCGGAAGCGGAAGGAAUGUUUGCCUACGUUUUCCACGACGAGUUUGUGGCUUCCAUGAUCAAGAUCCCAUCGGAUACGUUCACCAUCAUCCCCGACUUUGAUAUCUAUUAUAUCUAUGGCUUCAGCAGUGGUAAUUUUGUCUAUUUUUUGACCCUCCAGCCUGAAAUGAUUUCUCCAUCAGGUUCUACCACCAAGGAGCAAGUCUACACCUCAAAACUGGUCCGCCUUUGUAAAGAAGACACAGCCUUCAACUCGUACGUUGAGCUGCCCAUUGGCUGCGAAAAGAACGGGGUAGAAUACCGGUUGUUGCAAGCCGCCUAUUUAUCAAAGGCGGGAUCCAUCUUGGCUAGAUCUUUGGGGAUCCUGCCAGAGGACGAUGUCCUCUUCACGGUCUUCUCCAAGGGGCAAAAGAGGAAGAUGAAAUCCUUGGAUGAGUCAGCCCUUUGCAUCUUUCUCCUGAAGAAGAUCAACGAUCGGAUCAAGGAUCGGUUGCAGUCCUGCUACAGGGGAGAAGGCACGCUGGAUUUGGCUUGGCUCAAAGUGAAGGAUAUUCAUUGCAGUGGCGCACUGUUAACCAUCGAUGACAACUUCUGCGGUCUGGAUAUGAACGCCCCUCUUGGAGUGUCUGAGAUGGUACGAGGACUGCCCAUCUUCACCGAAGACCAGGACAGGAUGACCUCGGUCAUCGCUUACGUCUAUAAGAACCAUUCGUUGGCCUUCGUGGGUACCAAAAGUGGCCAGUUAAAGAAGAUCCGCAUUGAUGGUCCCAUCAAAGGAGCUUUGGAGUAUGAAAUAGUUCAAGUGACCGAUUCGGGACCGAUCCUGAGGGAUAUGGCUUUUUCGGUGGAUCACAAGCACCUGUACAUCAUGUCAGAGAAACAGCUUAUCCGUGUACCGGUGGAGUCUUGCGAACAGUACAAAAGUUGUAGCGAGUGCCUCGGCUCAGGGGACCCCCAUUGCGGAUGGUGUGUGCUUCACAAUAUGUGCACCAGGAAGGAGCAGUGCGAACGGUCCAGCGAGCCCCGGAGGUUUGCCUUGGAGAUGAAGCAAUGUGUCCGACUCACCGUCCACCCCAACAAUAUCUCCGUCUCCCAGUACAGCGUGACGCUGGUGUUGGAGACUUACAACGUGCCUGAACUAUCAAACGGGGUCAAUUGCUCGUUUGGGGACUUGGCAGAAAUGGACGGGGUGGUGUCGGGGAACAAGAUCAAGUGCCUGUCGCCAGCAGCCAAGGAGGUCCCGAAGAUCAUCACGGAAAAUGGAGACCACCAUGUUGUCCAACUCCAGCUCAAAUCCAAAGAAACGGGCAUGACUUUUGCCAGCACCAGCUUUGUCUUCUACAACUGCAGCGUCCACAGCUCGUGCCUCUCGUGCGUGGAGAGUCCGUACCGAUGUUAUUGGUGUAAAUAUCGUCACGUUUGCACUCACGAACCUCGCAAUUGUCACUUCCUGGAAGGGCAAGUGAAACUUCCUGAGGACUGUCCCCAGCUGCUGAGGGCCAGCAAGAUCUUGGUCCCCGUGGAUGUUAUCAAGCCUAUCACCCUGAAGGCCAAGAAUUUACCCCAACCGCAGUCCGGCCAACGGGGCUACGAGUGCAUCAUCACCAUCCAGGGCGUGGAGAAGCGAGUGCCGGCCCUGAGGUUCAACAGCUCCAGCGUCCAGUGCCAGAACACUUCCUAUUCCUAUGACGGGAUGGAGAUAAACAGUUUGCCGGUGGAUCUGACCGUCGUGUGGAAUGGGAAUUUCAACAUUGACAACCCAGCCCAGAAUAAAGUGCACCUCUAUAAGUGCGGAGCCAUGAGGGACAGCUGUGGGUUGUGUCUGAAGGCGGAUCCAGACUACGAGUGCGGCUGGUGCGAAGACCUGAACCAGUGUACGCUGAAGCACCAUUGCUCCGUCCUGGAGAACCGAUGGCUGGAACUUUUGGGGACCGGCGGAAAGUGCACCAACCCCAAAAUUAUGGAAAUAAGUCCAGUGAGAGGACCUCGCGAAGGAGGGACCAGGGUGACCAUCCGAGGAGAAAAUCUCGGUCUGGAAUUCUGGGACAUCGCAACCCAUGUCAAAGUUGCUGGCGUGGAGUGUGUUCCCUUGAUGGAUGGAUACAUCCCAGCAGAGCAAAUUGUCUGUGAGAUGGGUGAAGCGAAACUCAGCCAGCAUGCUGGAUACGUGGACAUUUGCGUGGCUGAAUGCAGGCCAGAAUUCAUGGCGAAAUCCUCCCAGUUCUAUUACUUCACGAUGCUGUCUCUUUCUGACCUCAAGCCAAAGCAAGGACCAAUAUCAGGUGGUACCCAAGUCACGAUCACGGGCAAAAACCUGAAUGCAGGAAGCAACGUUUCCGUAAUGUUCGGAGAAUAUCCUUGCCUUUUCCACCGGAGGACGGCCGAAUACAUUAUUUGCAACACCACAGCUUUUGGAAACGUCUUGGAGAAGAACAUGGUGGACGUAACCGUGAAGGUGGACAAGGCCGUGCUGCGCAAGGAGCUGGAGAAGGCUAAAAUGCACAAGGAGCUGAAGUUUAAAUACGUGGAGGAUCCAACCAUUUUGAGAAUCGAACCCGAGUGGAGCAUUGUCAGUGGAAAUACACCUGUUACAGUUUGGGGCACCAACCUGGAUCUCAUCCAGAACCCUCAGAUCCGGGCCAAGUACGGUGGGAAAGAACACAUCAAUGUCUGCGAAGUUCAGAAUGAGACGGAAAUGGUCUGCCAGGCGCCAGCAUUGACAGUGGAGCCUAGUAACCAGACUGAUGUGGCCGAACGGCCGGAUGAAUUCGGCUUUGUCCUGGACAAUGUCUUCUCCUUGCUGAUCCUCAACAAGACCAACUUCACCUAUUACCCAAACCCCGUCUUUGAAGCCUUCAGUCCCCCCGGAAUUUUGGAACUGAAACCUGGAACCCCUCUGAUCUUGAAGGGGAAGAACUUAACCCCGCCAGUGGCGGGAGGAAACGCUAAGCUGAAUUACACCGUGCUGAUCGGGGAGAAACCCUGCGUAGUUACGGUCUCCGAUGUCCAGCUGUUGUGCGAAUCCCCAAAUCUUACAGGACGGCAUAAAGUCACGGCUCGUGUUGGAGGGAUGGAAUUCUCCCCGGGCAUGGUCAACAUCUCCUCCGACAGCCCGCUUAGCCUGCCUGCCAUUGUCAGCAUCGCGGUGGCCGGCGGCCUGCUCAUCAUCUUCAUCGUGGCCGUCCUGAUCGCCUACAAGCGGAAGUCUCGGGAAAGCGAUCUCACGCUGAAGAGGCUGCAGAUGCAAAUGGACAAUCUGGAGUCCAGGGUGGCUUUGGAAUGCAAGGAAGCAUUUGCAGAACUCCAAACGGAUAUCCAUGAGCUGACAAGCGACUUGGAUGGGGCAGGAAUACCGUUUCUGGAUUACCGGAUGUAUACCAUGAGGGUCCUUUUCCCUGGCAUUGAAGACCAUCCGGUACUCAGGGAUCUGGAGGUUCCUGGUUAUCGGCAAGACCGGGUGGAGAAAGGUCUCAAGUUUUUCGCCCAGCUCAUCAACAACAAAGCCUUCCUUCUCUCCUUCAUCCGCACCCUGGAGUCUCAACGCAGCUUCUCCAUGCGAGACCGUGGCAACGUGGCUUCCCUCAUAAUGACUGUGCUCCAGAGCAAGCUGGAAUAUGCCACCGAUGUUCUCAAGCAGCUCCUGGCCGACCUCAUUGACAAGAACCUGGAGAGCAAAAACCACCCCAAGUUAUUACUUCGGAGGACCGAAUCUGUGGCGGAGAAGAUGCUUACCAACUGGUUCACCUUCCUUCUUUAUAAAUUUCUCAAGGAAUGCGCCGGAGAGCCUCUGUUUUCCCUCUUCUGCGCCAUCAAGCAGCAGAUGGAAAAAGGACCCAUCGACGCCAUUACGGGAGAAGCCCGCUAUUCCUUAAGCGAAGACAAACUCAUCAGGCAGCAGAUUGACUACAAGACCCUGGUGCUGAGCUGUGUGAACCCAGAUAACGUCAAUAGCCCUGAGAUUCCAGUGAAGAUCUUGAACUGUGACACCAUCACCCAAGUGAAGGAGAAAUUCCUUGAUGCCAUCUUCAAGAACGUGCCUUGUUCCCAUCGGCCCAAAGCUGCAGAUAUGGAUCUUGAAUGGCGGCAGGCCAACGGCAGCAGAACGAUCCUUCAGGAUGAAGAUCUGACCACCAAGAUCGAGAACGACUGGAAGAGGCUGAAUACUCUUGUCCAUUAUCAGGUGCCCGAUGGAUCUCUGGUGGCUUUGGUAUCCAAGCAAGUUACUGCUUACAACGCGGUCAACAAUUUCACCGUCUCGAGGACUUCUGCAAGCAAAUACGAAAACAUGAUCCGAUACACUGGAAGCCCAGAUAGCUUGCGUUCCCGGACGCCCAUGAUUACGCCCGACCUAGAAAGCGGGGUGAAGAUGUGGCACUUAGUGAAGAACCACGAACAUGGCGAUCAGAAAGAAGGAGACCGAGGGAGCAAGAUGGUAUCCGAAAUCUACCUGACAAGGCUGCUAGCCACCAAGGGCACUUUACAGAAGUUUGUGGAUGACCUCUUCGAGACAAUCUUCAGCACAGCCCACCGAGGCAGUGCGCUGCCCCUGGCCAUCAAGUACAUGUUUGACUUCCUGGAUGAGCAAGCAGAUAAGCACAACAUCCACGAUCCCCACGUGCGGCACACCUGGAAAAGCAAUUGCUUGCCCUUGAGGUUUUGGGUGAACAUGAUCAAAAAUCCGCAGUUUGUCUUCGACAUUCAUAAGAACAGCAUUACGGACGCCUGCUUAUCGGUGGUCGCACAAACUUUUAUGGACUCCUGUUCAACCUCCGAGCACCGUUUGGGCAAAGAUUCUCCAUCGAAUAAACUGCUUUAUGCCAAGGAUAUCCCCAGCUACAAGAACUGGGUAGAAAGGUAUUACUCAGAUAUCGGCAAAAUGCCAGCAAUUAGCGACCAGGAUAUGAAUGCUUACUUAGCGGAGCAAUCGCGCAUGCACAUGAAUGAGUUCAACACCAUGAGCGCUCUCUCCGAGAUCUACUCAUACGUGGGAAAGUACAGCGAAGAGAUCCUUGGAGCCCUUGAUCAAGAUGACCAAGCGGGCAAGCAGAAGCUCACCUACAAACUUGAACAAGUUAUAACCCUCAUGAGCAUAGACAGCUGAGAACUGCCCCACUAGAGGACGUUUCCAGGAGGGAUUGACACACAACAAAUGAACAAAAAGAACACACACACACACACAAACACAAAAACCAAGCCGUGCCUCACUUCAGUUUUCAUCAAGUGCAAGUUUCCAACUGGCUGCCAAGGAGAGUCUCCAGAAGACGCGUCGAAGUCUCGGAGCGUCACCUGCCGAACCUACCAAAACCAAGGAACUGAGUCUUCAAGGAUUUUGAGGGACAUCUUCAAGAAGGACUCCCCGAAGGCAGGCGGUCUUCAGGCGGAGUCCCUGUUUGUCUGCAGGUUCUUCUUUGGCGGCAACCAGAAUGUACCGCUACCUGCUCCAUGAACUGAGCAGGAAUAACUUUGGGGUUCACCUCCACCAUACUUUGCUGCUUUGAGAGCACGCCAUCCGCGGGCUGACAGGAGCCCAGGGUUCGUUCAGAAGCUGUGCCAAGGGAGGAUUGCUCUCUUGCCUUCAGAAGUCCCACCCACCGUUGGGGGGGGAGGGAGGGAAAAACACAAGAAAAACAAUGGCUGCCUCUCCUCGAUUCUUUUGUCCUCAUGAGGAGGAACCGAGCGGUUUGCUCCAGAGGAACGUCAAUUGGAAAGAAGGCCCCGCUCAGGGACCUGUGAAACCAAGAGGAUUGUCCACCAAUCUCUGGAGAUUGGGCGGAGAAGGGAAGUCUGCCUUUUCUCUCUUCCCUUCUUCUGAUUUUCAUACAGUUUCCUUUCCUUGUUUUUUUCUGUUUGGUUUGGUUUGGUUUGAUCAAUCAAUCAAUCAAUCAAUCGAGGUUACUUUUAUUGGCUGUGCAACGGAAAGAGAACUGCUCUCCCAAGCUGGGGUCACCUGUGUCCCUCACCUGCUCCUUCUCCAGUUACUUGAACAAGCACUCCAGAUCCUUUGCUUCUCCUUCCUAAACCGGGAAUGUUGUAUCUGUUGGGAGAACGCCAACUCGACUUGAGUUAAUGGCCUCUCCUUUGAAGACCACCAAAGCGUAUCCCCUAUUUUCUCUCGGGAUUGCCUUCCUAAACCACAGGAUGCUGCCAAGACCCAUAAAUAAGAUCCAGCAUUAGAGAUUAGGUAGAGAUCCUAGCUAGUGGUGGGUUUCAAAUUUACUACCGGUUCUGUGGGCAUGGCUUGGUGGGCAUGGCAUGGCUUGGUGGGCAUGCCUUGGUGGGCAUGGCAGGGGAAGAAUACUGUAAAAUCCCCAUUCCCAUCCCACUCCAGGGGAAGGAUACUGUAAAAUCUCCAUUCCCUCCCCACUCCAGGGGAAGGUUACUGCAAAAAUCCCCAUUUCCUCCCAAUCAGCUGGGACUCGGGAAGCAGAGAAUAGAUGGGGGCGAGGCCAGUCAGAAUUUUUACUACCGGUUCUCCAAACUACUCAAAAUUUCCGCUACCGGUUCUCCAGAACUGGUCAGAACCUGCUGAAACCCACCUCUGAUCCUAGCACGGAAUUGGAGGUGCAGAAGUGUUCUUACUUUGAGUCGUUGGCGGGCGUGUUUGUGUUGCCUUUCCCGACGAAAUGCAAGUUGCAAAGGCCACAAUAUAAUCUAUCCAAUUUCCUGCCAGGCGCUUUUUUCUGUGGAAGCAGCUUCUACAGCUGGAAUAAUCCAUCGAUCAAUCAGAACAGCGCUGGAAGGGACCUUGGAGGUCUUCCAGUCGAGCCCCCUGCUCAAGCAGGAGAUCCUAUACCAGAGGAGCUGCCCAGGGCAUGGGUCUCCAACCUUGGCAACUUUUUUUUUCAUAAAAAAGUUUUAUUUUUACAAUCAUGUCAAACAACUCAUCCAAUGUACAGUUAUAUACAAUUAGUCGGGCUUGCCCAGUCACCACCACCCUUUUAACUCUCUUCCCUCUUCUACCUUCUUCUACUUUCCAGACCUUCCUCUCCUUCUCUUAUCUACAUCAUCUCCUCCCUCCACCCUACACCUUCCUUCUCCCUUUUCUACCCCUCUUCCUUCCUCUUCUCCUCUUUCCUACCUCCUACUCUCUCCUCUUUUGUCCCUCCCCACCAUUCUAAAAGGGUAACUGGGCAGACCCGACCCUACAUUAAUUUAUACAUCUUCAAUAAUCCCUGUACAUUAACCAUCACUCCAACUCUAGCCUGAACCCCCCAAUUCCCCACCCCCUUACCCCCCACCCCUCACCCCGACUUCCCAGAACAAAAUGCAGGGUAUCAAAACUAACAAUCAUAAUCUAAAAUAAUUCCUAAAUUAUAAUCUCUAGUCACUCCACACUUAAUCACACUCUCAAUUCCCCUCUACCAACCUUGGCAACUUUAAGACUUGUGGACUUCAGCUGGCUGAGGAAUUCUGGGAGCUGAAGUCCACAAGUCUUAAAAUUGCCAAGGUUGGAGACCCCUGGCCCAGAGCGCAUUCCCCCAGCCCCCAGCCCCGCCCCGGAAAUGAACUUCCGGUUUCCAGCACACUGGCGCACAUGCUCAUGUAGGAAAAUGGAAGACCAGCUCUUCCAGUUUCCAGCACUGCCACACGCAAAAGGGCCAGCUGAUGGUCGUGUGUGCCAGAAACCCGGAAGAGGAAUGAGCGACGCCCUGCGUGCCAGGGGACACGGCUCCGCGUGUCGCUUCCGGCGCACGUGUCAUAGGUUCUCCAUCACAGUCCUAUACCAUUUGAGACAAGUAGCAGUCCAGACUUUUCUUUAAAGAAAACUCCAGUGGCUUCGGCAUCAAAGAUAUAGACAUACUAAUGCUAUUACAGAUAGUCCUUGAUUUACAAUUGUUCAUUUAGCAACCGAUUCGAAGUUACAACGGCGCUGAAAAAAAGGGACCCAUUUUCCACACUUACGACCAUUGCAGUAUCCCCGGUGAUCAAAAUUCAGCCACUUGGCAACUGAUUCAUAUUUAUGACGGCUGCAGCAUCCCGGGGGGGGUCCACGCAAUCCCCUUUUGCGACCUUCUGACAAACCAAGUCCACGGGAGGGAUGGGGUGGGGUGGGGGAAGCCCGAUUCGCUUAACAGCCAGAGGGACGGAUUUAACAAGGGCAGCGAUUCGCUCAAGAACGGUGGCAAGAAGAAGUCGUAACGUGGGGCGAAACCCGCUUCCCAAAGGGUCUCGCUUAGCAACAUAAACUUUGAGGCUCAGCUUUGGCCGUAAGUCGAGGACUCCCCGGACGAUGAAAGGGAAUUCCAGAGAGAUUCUGCAGGUCCACCUGGAAAGAGGAAAGGAUAACAGAAGUGGUGGGAUUCAGCCGGUUCGGGAGAACCGGUAGUUAAAUUUCUGGCUGGCUCUGCCCCCUCCCUGCCCUGCCCCUUCCAGGAGUCCCCACACGCCUCAUUUUGGCUCCCAUGGAGGUAGGCCCAAAAUGGGGUGGGGGGGGUGCGGUACAACCCCACCCCCCACCCCCUGUGGCCCGUUUUCACUCCCAGGAGGCUGCAGGGAGGCCUUCUAGGUCCAAAAUGGGGCGCAACUGGGGGGGCUGAUGGUAGGGAGCUAUUGAGAGAGUCACAGGAGGAAACAGAUGGGAGGGGCCUCUCCUGGAAAGACGUUUAAAGCCGCCGUUUGGGGUUUCCGAGUUUUUGCUUCGUACGGGUGGGAAGGGGGUCAAUGUUUUAUUUCAACUUUGAACACCUCGAGGGGAACAGGCAGAACUCGAUCCCACGAAAUGGUCAGAAAUAGGAAGCAGUUGGACUCUCUCCCACCUCUUUUCCCCGAUGGAGGGUUUUUUCGCUCCCUCUUUUUUUUUUUCCUCAUUGGACCUGGGAGAUUUAAACAAAACUUAGUUAGGGCUUGUUUUAUUUCUGGGUCUUAGGCAGGAUUGAGAUUGUCUCUUGAAGAAUUCUGUUCACAGUUCUGAUUUCUAAUUCCUCCCUUCCUCUUUGUCUUUCUCCUUUCUCUCCUCUCUCCCUCCCAUUCUUCUUCUCCUUUCUUUCUUGUUCAUCCCCUUCUUUACCUCCCUCUUUUCUCUACUUCCUUUCUUCCAUCUUCCUUUCUUCCUUCAUUCCCUCCUUUCUUUUACCUUUCUUCUUUCUCUUCUUCCCCCUCCCUUUCUUCCUUCUUCUC